UGUAACUUGGAAUUUGGCGCCACCGCGUGGAAUUAAGGUGAAUUUUCGUCGAAGACGUCACAGACUGGAAGAUCAUGGCGGCGUCCUCCAGGCUAAUUGCAAGACUGGCUGUCGUCUCGGGAGGAGGCAGUGGCAUCGGCCGGGCCGUCUGCCAGCGGUUUGCCUCUGAAGGAGCGUCAGUGGUGGUAGCGGACAUCAGUGAGGAAUCGGCCAAUCGUACUCUCGGUAGCCUGUCACAUGAUCAACGGGGUCAGGAACACAUGGCAGUAGCUGUUGACGUGUCAUCACGAGACAGUGUCGAGAAGCUGCUAACCAGAAUACAGUGCCAAUAUUACCAACCCCCCUCCAUCUGUGUAUCUGCGGCAGGAAUCACUCAGGAUGAGUUCCUUUUGAAAAUGGAGGAGAAUGACUUCGACAGGGUUAUCCAGGUCAACCUCAAGGGUACUUUUCUCCUGACUCAGGCCGUUUCUAAGGCCCUUGUUGCCAGUGGCAUCUCUAAGGGCUCCAUCAUCACUGUAGGAAGCAUUGUGGGCAAAGUGGGGAACAUUGGCCAGACUAACUACUGCGCUUCCAAAGCCGGAGUGGAGGGGUUAACGAGGACUGCGGCGAAGGAGCUGAGCAGGUUCGGCAUCCGCUGUAACUGUGUGCUGCCAGGUUUCAUAACCACACCGAUGACCGACAAAGUGCCAGAGAAGGUCAUCAGCAAGAUCACCUCCCUGGUGCCCUUGGGGAGGAUGGGAGAACCAGCAGAGGUGGCAGAUGUGUGCACCUUUCUGGCUUCAGACGAGAGCCGCUACAUCACUGGAGUCAGCAUUGAAGUCGCAGGAGGCCUUUUCAUUGGCUGAAAUUUGACCUCGUCUCUUUGGCCAGACCAAUGGAAGACAAGGAGUUUUAAAGAAGCGGCCUGCCCCCUCCCACCUGAUCUCUCCACAUCCCUCCCACUAAGCUGCUCGGCCAGACCACAGCCCAAGCACUGGAUUAACAAUGAGAAAUGACAGGAGUAGAGCGGCAUCGUUUAAUCGUCACAAUAACGACAAACGAAAUAGUACAGCGGCUUACUGCAGUGUACACAUUCGAACUUAAAACAGCGGUCGCCAUGCAUAGUUCACUGCGGCCUCAUGUUUAAUAUACGUGUUUGAUCUGUCUUUGUUUGGCGAGAGAAAAUUGAAUGAAAUAAAUAAAGAGGAAAUACCACA